GGCCCUUCCCUCCCUCUCUCUCCCCCCGUUUCAUCUUCACCGAGUCCAGCUGCACGACGAGCGCGCGGCGGCGGCGGCGGCGGAACCCCGGCGGCGACGGCGGCCCAGGUUAAUCCAAUCCGGAGCUAGCGAAAUCAGCAAAAACCGCAGCAAUCAAGCCAGGAAACGGUGAGGAAUGGCUUCUACUGUGGACCGGAGGGAUCAAUCCUCCCGGAGGCCAGGGCACACGAGGUCUCGUUCUCCAGCGAGGGAGCGCGUAUCGCCUCCACGCAAGCAGAGCCCGCCAGCUCGGAGGGAGAGGUCACGGCCUGAGAGGACUGGCUCGCCUAGGAGGCCGGGGCACACAAGGUCCCGUUCUCCGGCCAGGGAGCGUGUGUCGCCUCCACGCAAGCACAGCUCGUCAGCUCGGAGGGAGAGCUCAAAUGCUGAGAGGAGUGGCUCGCCUAGGAGGCGGUCCCCUGUCAAGGCUAGCCUUUCACACAGGGAGAGGUCGCCACAGAGAGAGAAGGUGAAGGAACGGGUGAGGUCGCCGAAACACGCACGGUCGCCGUCACCUGCUGGGAAACGGGAGUCUCAGUCGCUCUCACCACGUUCCAAGCGACUAAGGAGAGCUCAGGCUGAGCGGGAAGGGGCAGAUGUAACUGAGGGCGACCGUCGGAGACCUCCCAGUAGUGAAGACCGGGGCACACGGAAGCACAGGGAGCGUGAUGAGGGGAGGGAUGCGUCAAGGGAUAGGAAGGUGGAGCCAAAAGAUGAUAGGAGUGCCUUCACAGGUAGAAGACUGGACGAUGAUGAUGAUGGAAGGGGUCACUCAAGAGAUAGAAGAACUGACAGGGAUGAUAGGUCAGGUGCUUCGAGAGAGGCACGAUCAGGCCGGGACGACGACAGACAUGAUUCAAAAGGGAAAAGGUCAGACCCGGACCGAAAAGGUGGUUCCAGGGAGCAAAGGACAGACCAAAGUCCCAGAAGGGAUUCCGUGGGAGAUAGAAUGGCAGACCGGGAUGAGAGCAAUGGUGGAUCAGGACGAUCAUCUAGGCGUGGCCGAUCAGGGUCUCCAGAAGAGCAUAGACAUAGGGGCAGGCAUGAAUCUCACACAUCACCAAGGGCAUCCAGAAGUGCAGCACAUCGUGAGGAUACAAGCUCUAGAGUGGAUGUAGCAUCCCGGAGUGGUGAUGCUGAUUCAUUGGCAAUGAUGAAUACUGCUGCAGAAGCUUUGGAGGUGAAAGAAAAGCAAAAACCAUCAUUUGAGCUGUCUGGAAAGCUUGCCGAGGAGACUAACAAAGUUGGAGGUAUAACCUUGUUGUAUUCAGAACCUCCAGAGGCUCGCAAAUCAGAUAUUAGAUGGAGACUCUAUGUAUUCAAGGGUGGUGAAGCACUGAAUGAACCGCUGUAUGUUCAUCGCAUGAGCCACUACCUUUUUGGAAGGGAAAGGAGAAUUGCAGACAUCCCCACCGACCAUCCCUCCUGCAGCAAGCAACAUGCGGUUCUUCAAUAUAGACUUGUAGAGAAGGAGCAACCAGAUGGCAUGAUGUCAAAGCAAGUGAGGCCUUAUCUGAUGGAUCUUGGUAGUACCAAUGGGACAUUCAUCAAUGAGGAUCGUGUCGAGUCCCACCGCUACUACGAACUCUUCGAAAGGGACAACAUCAAGUUUGGCAAUAGUAGCCGGGAGUACGUGUUGCUCCACGAGAACUCGACAGACUGAGCGGGGGAGGGAGGCGGACGUGGAGCGCGUCGUCGGAGCUUUGCUUUCGAGCUGCUGCCAGCGAUAGUCGAUGGACGGUUGAGAUGUUACUUUUGUUCUGUCGAUCAUGGUUCCUUCCUAGGUGGAUUCUUGUGGUCAUUGAGUGGAGCUUUCUUUAGCUUGUAGCCAUAUACGUACAUGCAUAGAUUUUUGUGAUAUCCGGAUUUCUUUUUUGCUUGAUUGCUGAGAGACUGAUUGACUUGCGCAUUA